CGGACUCCGCACCGCGCCGGGCUCCGCGCGGGGCCGCCCCACCGGGCGAAGCGGAGAGGACCGGAGCGCGGCGCGGGGCAGGAAGGGGUGGAGCGGCCGGCGGAGCGCACGGGCGGGGAGGCGGGCGGGAGGCAUCCCGGCCAUGCUGCGGCCGGGCGCGGCGCCUCCGCCCAACGCUCGCGCGGAGCGGCCGCACGACCAGCCCUGAACCGGCGGUCCCGGCCGGCCGGCCGCCGCCCCCGAUGGAGCCCGAGGAGCGAAAGAUCUCGGUGUGGAUCUGCCAGGAAGAGAAGCUGAUCUCGGGGCUUUCUCGGCGCACCACCUGCUCGGACGUGGUGCGCGUGCUGCUGGAGGACAGCCACCACCGGCGGCAGCGGCCGGCGCCGCCCGAGCCCGGCGGCGGGAUGCUGUCGGGGCCGCCGCACUCGUACUGCAUCGUGGAGAAGUGGCGCGGGUUCGAGCGCAUCCUGCCCAACAAGACGAAGAUCCUGCGGCUGUGGGUGGCGUGGGGCGACGAGCAGGAGAACGUGCGCUUCGUGCUGGUGCGCAGCGAGGCCUCGCUGCCCAACGCGGGUCCGCGCAGCGCCGAGGCGCGGGUGGUGCUGAGCAGGGAGCGGCCCGGCCACGGCCUGGGGGCGGCCCGCGCCAGCCUGGCGCUCACGCAGGAGCGGCAGCGGCGGGUGGUGCGGAAAGCCUUCCGCAAGCUGGCCAAGAUCAACAAGAAGCGGCAGCAGCCGCUGGCCCGGGAGGCCUCCUCGGCCGAGAGGAUGGAGACGCUGGUGCACCUGGUGCUCUCGCAGGACCACACCAUCCGGCAGCAGAUCCAGCGGCUGCGAGAGCUGGACCGCGAGAUCGACCGCUACGAGGCCAAGAUCCACCUGGACCGCAUGAAGCGGCACGGCGUCAACUACGUGCAGGACACCUACCUGGUGGGCGCCGGCGGCGAGGAGCCGGGACGGGAGGCGCAGCCCGCCGCCGGCCGCCCCGAGGACGACUACGCCAGGAAGUGCGAGGAGGUGCUGCAGCUGCAGGAGCAGCGGGCGCAGCAGGAGGAGCUCCUGGAGCACCUGGCCGCCGAGAUCCAGGAGGAGCUCAACGAGCGCUGGAUGAAGCGGCGGCGGGACGAGCUGGAGCUGGCGGCGGGGCCCGGCCUGGCCGAGGCGGACUGCCACACCACCGAGCUGAGCGGCGGCGGCGAGGGCGAGCUGCAGCUGGAGCACGAGCGGGUCAAGACGCAGCUGAGCACCAGCCUCUACAUCGGCCUCAAGCUCAGCACGGACCUAGAGGCCGUCAAAAGCGACCUGGACUGCACGCAGCGGGUUUGGGAGGCCCGCGAGCGGGAGCUGCAGCGGCUGCUGGAGACGCUGGGCACCCUGGACGUGGCGGAGGCGGCGGCGGAGCCGCGCGGGGCGGCGGGGGGCGGUUGGCCGGAUCCGGGGAUGCGCAAGGACCGCGCCGACAACGACGAGGACUCGGACACGGGGCUGAGCUCCAUGCACAGCCAGGACUCGGACUCGGUGCCCGUCUGCGAGUCCCUCGUGUAGCGCCCGCGGCGCCGCGCUCGCUGCCCGGCCGCGGGACAGGUGGGGGGCCGACGGUGCGGAGCUUGGAGCUGCGGCGCCGGGGUGCGGACGCGUCGGAAGCGGCGCCCCGCAGGCACAGAGCGGGCGCGCCGCUCCGUGCCGUUCCUGGCCUAGGAGGAGAAAGCCGCGGCGCGCUGGCGUUUCGCUCACGUCUAGGUUUGCUCGUCCCUUAAAUCCCGCCGCCUGCUUCGCUCUUAAGGUUUUCGUGCCGGGCCUUUUACUUCCGCGGCUCCCGACGCUCCGCACCGUAGCGCAGGAGAUCGCAGGCGCGCUGGCCGCGAGCGAAGCCCCCCGCCACGCCGCGGGGCAGCCCGCAGCCCCUGCACGGUUUCCCAGAGCUGCAAAGGCAGCGCACGGCGGAGAGCUCGGGCUGCCGGGAGCCAGCAGCCCCCGUUCCGCUGCGGACAGCCCUGGCACGAAAGCUGCUGAUCGCUUAGAACUAGCGAGGAAAAGAGGUGCCCACGCUACCGAAGCUGACGCUGGGCUCCCCUAACGCCUAGGGUUUGGGAGCGUACUGCAGUUCCUUUUGGCAGUGUAAAGGGGCGAUCAAUCACUUCUUCAGAAAGAGCAAGCUAAAGCAAAAUACAGCUGUAUUAACCAGCUCUGCGUAGUGCUUCUCCUUACGUGUAGAUAGGAGUGCUUUAUUUUCAAGACAUGUUAAGGAAUCUAUUAGUAUCACUGUGACACUGAUUGAAAAUAAUUAGCAGAGCCCUAUGUACACAGCACAAAACCACAGUUUUGUUCUAGGCUAAAUGCUGCCUGGCAGAGCUUGGCUGUACUUAAACAGUGUACAGAAUCAGCUUGAGCGACUGUUUUUAAUAACAUAGUUUGUAUCAGGCCGAGAGAUUACAAUGAUAAAAGCAUGACUCAAGCCCUAGCUGCACUACAGCUUAAUCUUUUCAGUUAUUCCAAUAGAAAAAAAAAAAAAAAACAAAAAUGUAGCAUCAGCUGUAACAUGCAUUUCACUUAACUGCCAAAUCUUUCUCUGCAGCUUAACUCUUACCAAAAAUAUAUGGACUACUCUUACAGUAUGAGAUGUCAGGACUUCUCUGAUUUGGAAUAAUUAGGGAGACAGUUUAAGCAGUGAGAGACCAGAGGAUGUUUAGUCAGACCUGACCGACAGCGUGAACUUCUUAAAACUUCUGAGAUACUUAUUUAAGGCUAUUUAUGAAAGUUUUCAAUUGCUGAUAAGAAAACAUAAAAAAUGAUAAAAAAACCUCAAAAAAACCUCACAGCUUCCUCACCCCAAGUCCAGGUCUUGCUCCUGAGCAGUGUUCUCACGGGAAGGAUUCUGCUGGACAGCAAAACACACUGCAGUUCUGCGGCACAGAAGUGCUCUGAAAUGCUGCUGGGGAUCUGGUGAUGCUGUAAGAUUCCCUAUAUGGUAUAAGUCUGGAUAAAUGAUAUUCCACUGAAUAGGUCUCAGUUAUAACAAACCGUAGCUUAUUUUGAACACUGAUCAUAGAAUUUUCAUGUUUUAGUCAAUCUUGGAAAUAUAUUUAAAAACCUAUUUUUAGACUGAAUAAAAUUCUUAAUAAGACUAAAUGCGUGUUCCCAAUUUAAUGUGAUUAAAAAAUAUCAGGUCUAGGAUUUUGUUUACUGUUAUCUCUUGGUGUCAUUUAUCCUUCUGUGAAGUGAGAAGAAGGAUGAACCAAGUCAACCAUGAGGCUCCAGGAUGCCUCAUGACAGCAUCGUGUGCUCACCAGUGCCUGUAGGGCUCCUCAAGGUAGAAGCAGAACAUGCAUUCCUUGUGUCUGGUCACUGCUGGUGUAGUGUAGAAGCACUGGGAAGUGUUGGCAUUUGUGAUUAGAUACUUUACCUUGCUCUGCAAUUAGAAACAUAUGGGAGUAGAGCUGAAGAAUAAGUCAGGGGGUGGGGAAUUGUGGUGCCACACCACAGUAUUUUAACCAGUGCAGGUGUAAUGUGUGGGUGAUGCAAGCAUCUGUUGAUGGCUUCUGCAGCAACUGAUGUAAGCAAUAAACUUGAAAUUGCUUUACGCAAGUUCUCCCAUUAGCCACACCAAGCAAUAAAAAGAAGCAUAUUAGAGAAAUAAG